AUGAGCACGGCACACAGCGUGGACCCAGACACAAAACACAUGAGCGGCCCGGAAACGGGUAGCAGCGUCAACAGCAACAACCGGUUGCUCAGGAAGUACGUGACCAACACGUCGUCGCUUUCGGAUGACGGGAUGAGCAGCGACGGGUCGUCGAACACGUCGAUCUCGAUCAGCAACGACGACUUGGCGGACCUGGACUUCAGCCUGGACUUGAACCUCGAGCUCGACACGAAGGAGUCUGCGUUGGAGGCCUUGCUCGACCUCAAGCGGGUGGCAAGCGACACGUUCACCAACCGCUCGGAGCUCUUUGUCCCAUACCGCGGACGGGGCCUCUUUGGCGGCACGAUGGCGGCGCAGUCUGUCUUGGCUGCACUCCUCUACUCCAACACGUACGAGAAGUCCUGGAAACCCAUGUCCAUCCACUGCCACUUCCUCCACUCCGCCAAGCCCCACCCGGCCUUGUACUACAAGGUGUCCAGCUUGAAGGACGGCAAGAACUACUGCACGCGCGAGGUGAACCUCUUCCAGAACGACCAGCUCAUCUUCAGAGCCACGGUCUCCCUCCAAGCGUACCAGUUGGAGGGCUCCGCGGCAAACUUGCGGGGCCAGCUUUCCCACAAUAGGGCCCCGCCCCUUAUCGGGAAGGACAUUGACCACCCGGACGACAUGCUCACCCAGGAGGAGUUGUUCAAAAUCUGGUCCAAAAAGGCCAUGAACAAGAAGCACUUGGAGUAUUUGAAGGGCAAGAACUGCGAGGAGGAGGUCAUCCGAUGCUACAAUAGAGAGCCCUGCAUCUGGAAGCUCCCGCUGGACAUGUUUGACCAGGACUUGGUGUCCGACGAGGAGCGCCACGCACCCCCAAGCGACCGCACCUUGCGCUACUGGGUCAAGACGAAGGACUCGCUCAAGAACCCUUCGAUCUUCAACUGGGUCGCCAUCGCGUACAUCUCGGACUACUUCUACCUCAGUGCAAACAUGCGUCUGAACCUAAAGGAGAUGUUCACAACAAAAUUCUCUGUCUCCUUGGACCACACCAUCUAUUUCAAUACCGAGAUCGACACAAACUCUUACUUCAGUUACAACGUUAAGAACAUCAAAGCCGGUGAAAAUAGAUCCAUCAUGUUCGGAGAGAUGUUCAGCGCAGAAGGCACUUUGGCUGCGACUACAGUCCAGGAAGGUUUGUCAGUCGUUUUCACAGACGACUGA